CCCAGCGUGCGUGCGCACAUGCGUAAAGUGUAGUAGGUGGGCGCGCAUGGCAUCUCGGAGCUGUGCCGUCCUCCGCCGCUGGGUCGCUUCAUGAUGCCGAGCGGAGCGGGGCGCUCGCACGUCUCUGUGUGCGGCUACAACAACCGCAGUUCCCGAGGCUGAAGUCGGAGGAGACGGGGGAGAGGAGCCGGAGACACGAUGAUGGACGAUGCGAGCCGCGGGCAGCUGUAACGUCGGCGGACACACGCUCGGAUUCAGCAAAGAGGGUUGACGUUUAGGGCUUUUCGACGUUUGACAUUCAGCCAGCGACAGGAUGAUCGAGGAGGGCAGUAAACGAGGCAAGGCCAUGGUGGAGAAGAGGCAGCUCUUCAUGGAAAUGAGAGCUCAGAACUUCGAUGUUAUCAGACUGUCGACUUACAGGACCGCCUGCAAACUGCGGUUUGUGCAGAAGAGAUGCAACCUUCAUCUGGUGGAUGUCUGGAACAUGAUCGAAGCCUUUCGCGACAACGGCCUCAACACAUUGGACCACAACGCUGAGAUCAAUGUGUCGCGGCUGGAGACUAUCCUGUCUUCCAUCUACUACCAGCUCAACAAGCGGUUGCCCACCACCCACCAGAUCAAUGUGGAGCAGUCCAUCGGGUUGCUGCUCAACUUCAUGGUGGCCACCUAUGACAGUGAAAGCCAUGGGAAGCUGACAGUUUUCUCAAUGAAAGCAAUGCUGUCGACAAUGUGUGGAGGGAAAAUUGUGGACAAACUACGUUAUAUUUUCUCACAGAUCUCUGACUCGAGUGGCAUCAUGGUGUUUGCCAAGUUUGAUCAGUUUCUUCGGGAGGUGCUGAAACUGCCCACAGCCGUGUUCGAGGGCCCCUCGUUCGGCUACACGGAGCAUUCGGUGCGGACGUGCUUCCCUCAGCAGAAGAAGAUCAUGCUGAACACAUUUCUGGAUGUGCUGAUGGCAGAUCCUCCUCCUCAGUGUCUCGUGUGGCUGCCACUCAUGCACCGACUUGCUAAUGUUGAAAAUGUCUUCCAUCCGGUGGAAUGUUCAUAUUGCCGGAGCGAGAGCAUGAUGGGUUUCCGGUAUCGGUGCCAACAGUGCCAUGGCUACCAGCUUUGUCAGAGCUGCUUCUGGCGUGGCCAUGCCAAUGGUCCCCAUAGCAACCAGCACCAGAUGAAGGAGCACUCGUCUUGGAAGUCUCCAGCCAAAAAGCUGAGCCAUGCAAUCAGUAAAUCUCUCGGCUGCGUCCCCAUCGGAGAGCCGCCGCAUCCUGUGUUCCCCGAGCAGGCCGAGAGACCGCCGGAACUCGCCCAUACUGUUCAGCCGAAACCAGUGGCCAACAACAUGAACGACACAAUUCUCAUGUCCUCUGGGGCACCUACUCCUACCAAAAGUGUCUUGGAGAGUCCCAGCCGGCUAGAUGAAGAGCACCGCCUCAUCGCUCGCUACGCUGCCCGCCUGGCAGCCGAGGCGGGCAACUCCACCCAACAGUGUCCUCCAACAGAUCUGAGUUUCAACUUUGAUGCCAACAAGCAGCAGAGACAGCUGAUUGCAGAGCUGGAGAACAAAAACAGGGAGAUCCUGCAGGAGAUCCAGAGGCUACGUCUGGAGCACGAACAGGCCUCUCAGCCGACCCCGGAGAAAGCCCAGCAGAACCCCACGCUUCUGACCGAACUGCGGCUCCUCAGACACAGGAAGGACGAGCUGGAGAGGCGCAUGUCGGCGCUGCAGGAGAGCAGACGGGAGCUGAUGGUGCAGCUGGAGGGGCUCAUGAGGCUGCUCAAGGAUGAGGAGCAGAAGCAGGCUUCCCAGUCCGGAAGCUCUCCUCAUUCUUCCCCCAGUCACGGCGCAGGCUGCUCCAUGCCCAUGCCCAUACGCUCCACCUCGGCUGGGUCCACCCCAACCCACACACCCCAGGACUGCCUGGCAGGGGUGGGAGGGGACGUGCUCGAGGCCUUCGCUCAGGGUGUACCUAGAAACCUUCGGAAUGAUUUAUUAGUGGCUGCUGAUUCAAUCACAAACACCAUGUCAUCUCUGGUGAAAGAGCUGCACUCAGUGGACGACGUGGCGGAGGAAGAGGACGCCAACAUGAGGAACGGUGGGGACAGAGGCACAGUGAGAUUACAGAGGCACUGAGGGGAAAGUGAGCGCCAUCCCAUCCUGUGAGGACAUAAGAGUCAUCAAGUUUGAAGAAUUGGUAUCAACAACAACGACAACAACAACAACAACAAACCCUGGCAGUAGCACGUAGAGUAAUGCAUGCUGUAAUCUAACAGGAUUUCACUAUGUGAACAAAAAAAAUACCGAAUUGUCUCUUCACACCUUGCAGGUAGCAAGAUGUGUCUAAUUAGCGAGUGUGUGUGUCGUCCUGUAAACAAAGAAACUGCUGUAAUUACCCAACGAUCUCCCUCAUGACUGCUAUAAGGAAUGGCUUGCUGUGAUUUCUCCACCCCACCCCCCCACUGUUCCACUGCAGCAGGUCAUUCUGUGUAAAAAAAAAAAAAAUACUGUAAGUCACAUGACCUGGGGGAACGCCCCCCCGACAUGGAGCUAGAUGACCCUCUUUCACGACAUGGUUCCCCCUCAUUGCUUUUGUAUGAUUAGUGCGAGUAGCUCUUUAUUUAUUUCUUUUGUCUUUAAUUUAUUCUUUUUGCAUGAAGUUGCACUCAUGUCUGGAUUUCAGUACUGCACAUUGCUAUGCCAGCUCUUCGUGGGUUUAUGAUGACAGUGUCAGAAGUGUCCUGCCUCAGAGUUCAUGUUGAGUGUGUUUACUGCACCAUGCGUCGUUCUGGAGCUGAGGUGUGAUGCUGUCGAGUCUCACUUACAGGAACAGUUCAACGUUUUGGGGGGAAAGCUCCUGUCUGUCUGUUCAGCUGGAGCCAGGACGCAGUUGUCUCACAUUGACCUUAUACAGACGUGAGAGUCCCAUCGAUCUUCUCGUCUAACUCUCUGCAAACAUUUCCCCAAAUGUUGAACUAUUCCUUCAAUCGUUCAGAGAAUGAUUCCAGAAAAUAAGGGAUAAUAAUAACUGGUAUUUUCAGCCGUCAGCAGAACGAUCAAGGACACUGACGGUAUUGUUUGGUUUGUCGGGCUGCUGCAGCAAAUACAGUACGAGCCUGUCUCCAGAAUACUGCGUACGUGCAUGUGAACACACUCACUGAAUCGAACACUGUACUACUGCUGCUACUGUGCUCUCAGCGAGCCACCUUUGCAAAUAAGAGGGCUGUGCGGUUAAGAGAAAACCGAGGGGCUGCACUCAUGUUUCCUCCUCAUGAAAACUUAACCGAAUCACCUGAAGGGCAUUGUUAACGCUCGACGCAGCACGGUGCCUCCUCUCAAACAUACUCUGACUAUAGCUGGUAGCCUCAGUAUUUAUUGUUCCAAGUGUAGGGAAGCGCCUCAGGAUGUAGAAUAGUCAUGAGUGAGGCGUCGCGUUUUUAGUUGUGAGUUACAGAAUAAACACUUAACACGGUGUGUGAGGAUGUACGGUAGUCGUGAGCAAGUAGGAAAUGCUUUGAUAGCUUUAUUUAGUUAAUAAAGGAAUAUUGAAAAUGUUUAAGUGCAAUGACGGUCGGUGCUCAGGGACCGCAGAGCUCCUCCAGGUGAAGUGUGUCGGUGACGUCCUUUAAUGAUGAGAAGUGAAAGGCAGAUAAUGACUUAGAAAGGAAAGGUUUCAUUCUAAAAUGCUGUUUUACUGUCUGAAGCGAUGCUUUUACUUUUAUUCCACCAGUCGAUUUGUCUCGUUUUGGAAUGAAACUCUUUAAGCGUUCGGAGGAAAACAACAGCAAGUGAUUAAACGCCGGGUCAAGAAUGUGGAUUAUGAGAAAGGGGGGGGGAAGUUUUUCUGAAGUGCUAUUUGAUGAAGCAUGCUGUCGGGUAUAAUUUGUCUGUGUGUGAAUUUGUUGUCUGUCACUGAGAAGCAAAGCGAGCUGCCUGUCACAGAGGGGAGGAUUCUUUUGAGUCAGGUUUUUUUUUUUGUCUUCUGGUUCAAUGUCUUCCGUCUUUCAAUGUAGCCGUUCAUCUCAAACUAAAAAACGAGUAUCGAGAAGUAUAAUUUCUUUUUGUCUAGGGAUCUGUACAGUACACGCCUGCUCUAUAAGCUACGUAUAAGGUUUCACCAGCCUGUUACACUGUGUCAAGUAAAAAGAACAAAAAGAGGCUCCUCUGUUAUCGUCGUUCUAAAUGUGAUAGUUUCAUUCAGUUCUCUCUGUUCUGCUCUGUGUUGCCAUCACUGCUCUUAUUCUGGUUUUGCAGUAUUAGUGGAGUAUAGUCAUUGUAAUGAGUUUGUCUUAACGCAGAUGCACGUGCACACUCACACAUGCAUAGUUGCCCAGUGAUCAAUAAUGGGGAAAACUGAAACACCACAGAUUCUGCUGUCAAACACUUAUUUUAUUUCAUUCAGCUGAAAAAGGUCCAGAAAUCAUUCAAAUGCACAGAUUAAAGUUUCAGGAGUCCCUGUCUUCCUCCUCCUUCUGGCCACACAUUUAAGUGCAAAACUCUGCUUACUUUCGUUUCUUUCAGUUUGUGCCUGUAGCUGUUCUGUAAAGUGCUGUAAAAAAAAAAAGAAGUAACCAUUCAGCAAAUAAGACGAUCUAUCAGCCUUCAUGUCGGCGUUUUUAGUCUGUGACUGGGGCUUUUAUUCAUUUCUUUAUUGUUGUUCUGCGGGGAAGUUAAAUGCUCAGCCUUUACAUUUGUGCCAAACUGUUUGCGGACAUUGUGUGUCAGGUAUAUAUCCGAGUAUAUCUGCAUUAGUACGUUGUUGUUGCGCAUAGUUUAUUCACAGAAUGCCUGGAGACGUUCACAUCCAAGGGUUCCCACUGCUGGAAUCUGCUGGAGAAACUCACAUUCAAUAGUCAACACAGAUAGGAAACACAUUCCAGAUCUACUGAUAGACUGAUGUCAUUCUAACCAACGCAGAGGCAAUACGGUAAAACCCUGUCAGACCAAACUCGGGGUAAUAGACGUAAAACACAGCCGGUCAUACAGAGGCACAUACAUUGUGAUCCUUUUAUUGUUUGCAGAGAGACAAUGUGCAAAGAGGUCCACCUCGGCCACAGCGCUCCCCUGAUGUUAUUUAUCUAUGUAUGUG